AUGCAGGCGUAUUACAAGUCGGGAGGGCAAGCGGCGCAUGCAGGGGGCUACUACGGCGCACCAAUGGGAGGGCAUCCCCAUCCGUACAUGUGGGGACCACAGCCAAUGAUGGCAGCGCACUACGGUGGUGUACCACCAGGGCCCUACGGCUAUGCGGCCAUGUAUGCUGCGCCUCACCCGGGCAUGGCCCAAGGCGCUGCAGGGGCAGUGGCCCCAUCCCCUUAUGGUUACCCGCCUCCCCAGUCGGCGGACGGCUCUGAGGUGCCAGCAGCAGCAGCGAUGAUGGGAAUGACCCCCAUGGGCCCCAUGGCCAUGCCAGCAGCGCAGGGCUACCCCGGGAUGCAAAUGGACUACUCCCACGAUGCCAUGGCUGCUGCUGCCGCCGCCGCCGCCGCCGCCGCCGCCAGUGCUGCCGGCGGGGCUGCUGCUACUGGGUCGGCCCCGCCAGCAGCUGCAGCUGCCCCUGCUGCGCCUGCAGCCCAAGCUGCCCCUUCGAAGCGCAAAAGGGCGACUCAGCAGUCACAUGGUCAAGAUGGUGCUCUGGCUACCACUGGAGGGUCAAGCCUCGCCCAUCCGCACGCCCAGGCGGCACCAGGCUCGGGCCAAGCCUUGGCCCUGGCGUCAGGCUCGGCGGGAGAGUACACAUCCACGCCUUCAAGCCCGUCAGAAGGCCCGUCUGCUUCGGCAGCAGCUGCGGCUGCGGCUGCUGGGCUAGGCGGUGGGGGUGGUGGUCAUGCUGCUGCUGGGGGGGCAAGAGGGGGGGUGGGAGGCGGAAUGGGGUAUAACCCGAUGGGUGCGUCUGCUGCGGAUAUGUGGCCUGGUGCUGCUGCUCCUGCUGCUGUGGUGCCCGCUCCCUCCUUGGGGCAGGGCGUUGGGGGGAAGCUGGGGGCACGUGCGGUAGGGGCGCGGGCAGGAGGGGAUGGGGGCGACGUGGGGGGGAGUCUGAUUUACCAGGUGCCAUUUCGCGGGGAUGAGAGGGAGGUGAAGCGGCAGAGGCGGAAGCAGAGCAACAGGGAGAGCGCAAGGCGGUCGCGGCUGAGGAAGCAGGCAGAGUGUGACGAGCUGAUAGCGCGGCAGACUGCAGUGCAGAUGGAGAACAUGGGGCUCUCCUCGGAGCUAGCAAAGGUGCGGGAGCAGUACGCCUCCCUGUGCGCUCAGAACGCUCAGCUCCGAACCAUGCUUCAAGAAUCGGGCAUAGACCCAUCAGCAGAAGGAGCUGCCUUCCCACCAGCAUCAUACAACCCGAUGCACAAGUAUCAGCUCACCUCCGUACCGCCCAGUACGGCUCAUGCACCACCACCACCGUACGAGCCUUCAACUGCCCCUCCUCCUGCUCUUCCUCCCCCCUCUCCAUCAGCACUUGAACCCAUACAACCAACCCCUCCUGCUCUCCUCCCUGCUCCUCCCUCUGCGCCUCAAUCCGCCUCUGUUGCUGCUUCUUACCUGUCUGGGAAACCCGCGCCUGCACCCCUACCUGCUCCGGGGCCCCUUCAAGAAGCGGCAUCCGAGCCUUCGCCCGAGCCUGUACCAGAUCCUGCACUAGAGCAUGCACCCGAGCCUGCGCCUGAGCUUGUGCUUCAAGUUCAGGUACCCGAGCCUGAAUUUGCAGGUCCGGUGCCAGGUUUGGCAGAGGAGCAGCAGCUGCUGUUGACAGGGGGGGAAGAACCAGGGUUGGGGGGCGGGAUAGGGGGGGAGGGUGGAAUGGUAGGGCUGGGGGUCCAAGGAGGGAGUGAGGGGUUAGAAUCUGGUCAAGGUGAUGAAGGUGGGCCGAAGAUGGGGGGAGAGCAAGGAGAGGAAGUACCUCAGAUGGUGGAGAGUGGUACAGGGGCAGGCGCCGAGCCAAUGGUUGUUAUGAUGGAGGUGCAAGAAGGGGUGGCACAGGGAGGGGAUGAGAUGAACAUGCAGGUGAUGCAACAGGCGGAGCAAGUGGAGCAUGGAUUGCCUCUUGAUCAACAGCAAGAGGAGGGGACGGGAGCACAGGAAGAGCGGAAGGAGGAGGAAGCGAAGGAGCAGGAGCAGCAGCAGCAGCAGCAGCAGCAGCAGGAACAGCCAGAAACGGGGCAGCAGUCCGAGCAGCAUGAGCAGCAGCUUGAGCAGCAGAAGGACGAAGAGGUGGUUGGUGCUGGAGGGGAGGGGAUGAGAGAGGUGGAUGGGGGAAAUGAGGGAGCAGCAGAGGAGGGUGGAAGGCAUGAGGGUGCCCCAUUGGUGGGCGGGGAGCAGCAGCAGCCUGUGGGCGACAACAAUGGGAGCGGGCAAGCGGUCGCUGAGCCUGCUGAGACUGAGCGGGGGCAGGAGGCUGCUGUGGUGGAUGGUAGGGAGGUUAUGGGUGAGGAAGGGACAGGUGAAGGGGCAGCGGGUGUAGAGAUAACUGAGGCGCAGCAGGAGAAGUCAGCAGGAGGAGCCAAGGAAAUAGACCAAGCGGCAGUUGCAGAUGAGGGUGGGGCAGCGAAUGAGCAUGAGCAGCACAAGAGUAAAGUGGAUCAUGGGGUUUCUGAGUCACCUCAGCCAGUGGCAGAAGAGGGAGAAGAGCAAGCAGAGGCUCUGAAGGAUGCAACUGAUGGUGGUGGCGAUGCUCCUGGUGCUGAGAUUGCCCAAGGAGAAGUUGCAGCAGCGGCUGAGGGGGAAGAGACUGAGAUGGUAGAUGCUAGUGCAGCUGAACAAUUGGCAGGUGAAAGGGAGAAGCAAGGGGGACAUGAGGGUGAGUCUCAUUUGGCAGGUAAAGUCAGUGAAGGCUCCAAGGAUAUUGCGGGUGGGGGAGAAAGCAUGGAGGCUGGUGAAGAUGCAGCAGGAGGGGAGGAGCGAGAGAGAGUCAAGGACGGUUCGGUUGCAGGUACGGGCAUGACGGCAGCAACGAGUAUUGGUGAAGCCAUAGCUGGGGGUUUACCUGCUGAGGCCUGUAAAGGUGCUGAGGGUGCGCCUGUUGCUGAUGAGCAUGCAGCACCAGUGGAGGGCGCUACAGGGGAGGGCGCUACAGGGGAGGGCGCUACUAGAGAGGGUGCCACUAAGGAGGGUGUCGCUGUGGAGAGUGUUGCAGGCGAGAGUGCUGUAGAAGCAACAGAUGAUGGGAUAGGAAGUGUGGAGAAAGGUAGCCAUACGCAAUCAGGUGAAAGGACGGAUGUUGAAACGGGAGACACAUAG